AAGAAAUUUGUCCUGCGCGCCACGCCGUCUAUUUCCAAGGCAACCUUAGGAGCGCGGGCCUGCCCGAGUCUGCAGAGCCUCGAGCCCGGGCCAUGGCGGCGGCGAGUCCCAGCGUCUUCCUGCUCAUGAUCAACGGGCAGGUGGAAAGCGCCCAGUUUCCAGAGUAUGACGACCUCUACUGCAAGUACUGCUUUGUGUAUGGCCAGGACUGGGCCCCCAUGGCGGGUCUGGAAGAGGGCAUCUCACAGAUCGCAUCCAAGAGCCAAAAUGUUCAGCGAGCGCUGGUGUGGAACUUUCCCAUCGAUGUCACCUUUAAAAGUACUAAUCCGUAUGGCUGGCCACAGAUUGUGCUCAGUGUUUAUGGACCAGAUGUGUUUGGAAACGACGUGGUCCGAGGCUACGGGGCAGUGCACGUGCCCUUCUCCCCUGGCAGGUACAAAAAGACCAUUCCCAUGUUUGUGCCAGAAUCUACGUCUACACUGCAGAAAUUCACAAGCUGGUUCAUGGGACGGCGGCCUGAGUACACCGACCCCAAGGUGGUAGCCCAGAGUGAAGGCAGAGAAGUGACCCGUGUCCGCUCUCAGGGAUUUGCCACCCUCAUCUUCAAUGUGGUGACCAAGGACCUGAGGAAGCUAGGCUACGACACUGGACCUGCGGGCACACAGAACAUCCUAGGGCCCAGCUUGCCCCAGAGCAACCUGCAGUGAAAACAUGAGCCCCUGGGCAAUGUGGCAUGCAGCCCCACCUAAGGGCUUUUCCAGUGUCAGGUGCUGACAUUGGCCUCAAGAGCACUCUGGGGGAGGAGGGUACAACAGUUUUAUAACGUGUCAGCCAUGGUGGUGGCACAUGCCUUUAAUCCCAGCACAGGGAGGCAGAGGUAGGAAGACCACUGUGAGUUCAAGGCCACGUGGGCUAGAGCAAGACCCUACCUUGAAAAACCAAAACAAAAGUGUUGGACUUUUAAGAGGGCCCAGGCUGGCUGUCCUCUCUGCUUUGGCACCUGUGCCCCCUGGGGUGUUCCCGCCCCCCAGCCCUGUGGGCACCAUGCUGGGGUAGAAGCUGUAGAAAGCUGCCCCAGGGCUGCCCAUCGGCAUGCUUUAACAUCACAGGCUGGAUCGUUUUAGUCCUUACUUCAUGCAUCCCUGAAAACCUUCGCUAAGUGAGCAGCAGGGAGGAGCCACUUGCUCCAUUCCUAGCACUGAGCUGUGCGGGCCCCACAGGCAGAGCAAGAAUCCUGUUAGCGGGAGCUGCGCAUGAGCUGCCCUGGGACAGUGAUCCUUGAGCCAGAGGGUGGGGCCGGAAACCGGCCCUGGAGCGCAGCUUUUGGCAGGCCCCUCAGCCCAGCACUCUGGAGUCUGCAGGUGGCUGGGCUGAGCCUCCAGUUUUCCCGAGCAUGUGCACGGGCAGCUCACACCCUAGCCCAGCUUGAAGCAGUGGCCUCAGCUGCUUCUCCUGAGUGCUGGGCUCUCCACAUCAGACCUGCAACUGCCGUAAUUGCUCUGGGCCAUUAGGACACGCCCUAAGAGAUCAUGUGCCAACCCAGCCUGGGCCCUGCGCUGUGUUCUGCUGCUCAUGCUCUGUCACUAGCAAGCUCAUUGCCUUCUCAAGCCGGCCCUGGAGCAGCAUCUCUCUCCCACGUGUCCCUUCCCAGUGCUGGAGACACUGAUUUCUUGCACUUGCAGACUGUUUAAACUUCAGACUUCCCUCCUUCCUGUCCCAGCUUCCUGAGGAGGUCCAAGCCAACAGAUAACAAUUGCUGGUCUCACCGAAGGAUGAUGUUUAGUCUUCUCUGGCGCUUCUCAGGGGCACUGGUCUGCGUGGGUAGCCACUUCCACUACCUAGUGUGAAGUGAUCUAGGCAGACACCCCCAGCCAUCUAGUCCCAGGGUCAGAGCACCUCAGACCAGUCCCUCCCUCCCACCUUUCCCGGGGCCCCCACCCCAGCAGCCCUCUGUCCUACCCAGGACCUCCUGCCACCUGGCAGCCCCACUGUUCUUGCUGCCCUUUCUCCACAUUAGAACUCCUCCAUUAUUAGUAUGCACUUGACCCUGUGGGCUUUUGUUUUCUCUGGGUAGUAACUCAGCAGAGCUUCAGUCCUGUUGGAAGCAACAGUGGCAGCUACCUGUCACAGCCACCCAAGCUUUGCUCCUCACAAUUUCCCGUGGGCAUCCAGGGCCACUCCCAACACGUGAUUCUGCCUUCCAGAGGUCGCCCCACAAAAACCCCUGCGCCGUGGUUUCUCUGAGGUGUCACAUCUGUCUUUCCCCCUCCAGUUCAUUGGCUUCAGCCUGCACUUGGGAUCUGGGCUCAGGAAGCCAGGAUAGGAGCCCCUCAUGUGAACCUCCACGUUUCAGUCUCAUCUCAGACAGCUCUUGUCUGUGCCUUGCCCCCACCCAUGCCACCUGUCAUUUCCCAUCAGCAGGCACCCUGUGCCCAUCUGCCAACGGCUUUGACACAGUAUGCUACCCUGUUGUUCUGGUAUGUAAUUAAUUGUCCAUUUCUCCAACACAAACGUUAAAGUGAAA